AUGUACGAAUGUCUAAGUAAUAAAACCUUUCUUACUGCCACGGCUGGUGGACUGUCUGCUGGUGCCUUUUUAUCAUGGUUCUUGUCUAGUGAUGCUUACUUGGCACAUCGUAGGUUGCCUGCGAGUGCCAAAAAGAUGUUAAGCCUCACAGAUUCUUCAACGGCUGUUCAAAUGGUGGAAAACUUGCAGCGUGAACGAGAACGUCAAAUUCGUUUACAAGAGCACCCUUCUCUAUUUCAAUCUCAUUACUCAUCUAACUUUUUAUCGUUUAAGGAUGGUCUUUUGCCUCUAUUCAAAACUUACUAUGAUUCUAAGAACCACGAGUGGAUCAGUAUUGGGAUUAUGGGAAAGGCAUUAACUGGUUACCAAAAAUUGCAGCAUGGUGGAGCUAUUGCGACCGUGCUCAUUGAAUGCCUCGAAACUGUUAAAAAUCUAAAUUCUGAUGGAAAAGGUCUAAUCCGAGGCGAACCCCAAGAUCCUGUUUUGAUGGAAACCUAUGAUGUUCAUACUCCCUCCUAUACUAUAAAUUACAGAAGACCAGUCCCUGCAGGUGAUUGGAUAAUGAUCCGCGUGAAUGAAAGGGCUGCGAAGCUUUACAAUUCUAAGAAUCAGUUAUUAGCUGAAGCAUAUGAUUUACAAACGUGA